UUAUGGUUUAUUCUAGCAGGUAAACGCUUUCCUUUAUCAAGUGUCUGACCACACAGCCUCAAGAUGAACUUCUUCCUGGAGUUGCUCAAAGUUAUCGGACUUUCAUUUUAUUACCUGUUGGAGUCCCUAGUGUUCUUGAUUAUACCUAAACGGAAGAAGAGUGUUGCAGGUGAAAUAGUGUUAAUAACAGGAGCAGGAAGCGGAAUCGGAAGACUUUUAUCUAUAAAAUUUGCCCGCCUUGGUGCCACGCUGGUUCUUUGGGACAUUAAUGAAGAGGGGCUCAAGGAAACAAGCAAACUGGCCGAAGAAAACGGGGCAGUAAGAGUACAGUCUUACAUCUGUGACUGCAGCAAAAGACAAGAAGUCUACAGAGUAGCAGAUCAGGUUAAAAAAGAAGUUGGUGAUGUUAGCAUCCUAAUCAACAACGCCGGCAUUGUGACUGGAAAGAGGUUUAUUGAUUGCCCAGAUUCCCUUAUGGAAAAAACCAUGGAGGUGAACAUACUGGCACACUUUUGGACUUACAAAGCCUUCCUCCCUGCCAUGAUGGCCUCCAACCAUGGGCACUUGGUCAGCAUCGCCAGCUCAGCAGGGCUCAUCGGGGUCAAUCGGCUUGCAGAUUACUGUGCAAGUAAAUUUGCAGCAGUUGGGUUUGCAGAGUCGAUUGGUUUAGAGAUGAGAGAUCUGGGCAAGACUGGUAUUAAAACCACAAUUGUGUGUCCCUACUUCAUAAACACAGGAAUGUUUGAUGGCUGUCAAACCAAGUGGCCACGUAUACUCCCCAUUCUUGAACCAGAGCAUGUAACUGAAAAGAUCAUCACUGCUAUUCGACAGAACCAAGAAAUUCUGAUACUGCCACGCAGUCUGUAUUUCUUUUUCGCAUUGAAAAAUGUGCUACCUGUGAAAGUGAGUGUUCUCCUUGGAGACUUUGUUGGAGCUCUCCACUUCAUGGAUAACUUCAGAGGUCGAGCAAAGAAGGACUGAAAAUAGAAUUGCUAAUA